AUGCAAUUAUUCAGUUCAGUGAUUAAAAAGUAUUAUGGCUAAAAUAAUCUGCAAUAUAAAGAAUAUCAGAAAGAUAUCCUUGUUAGAUGCUGGCCAAAUAUUACCUCAAAAAUACAUAAAGAAAAUGCUUUGUUUCAUUGUUCAUUGAAAUGUCCCUGUUAAUCAUAAAUUAUUUUUUCUGCAAAAUUACCACAGUGGCACAUAAAAUGCACUGUACUGUAUGUAUUUCUCAGUUCAUCAUAAAUCAUUUUUUACACAAAAUGGCCGCUUUGAUUUUCCAGUGAUGUCUCUGAGGGCAGAGGCAGCGCAAUGCGGAGGGGUUGUCGUGGAGUUUGAGAGUGAUGACAUCAGGCAGGCCAGGAAGUCCAGGAGUAUAACAGGGUCUGCACUCAUCUACCUCAAGGGCCCAAAGUUCCUUAUCUAUGUCAGUGGAGCACUGUCCAUGUGGGGGGACCGCAUGUGGCACUUUGCCAUCUCUGUCUUCCUGAUCGAGCUCUAUGGCCGGAACUUGCUGCUGACUGCUGUGUUCGGCCUUGUGGUGGCAGGGUCAGUGCUGCUUCUCGGGGCUCUAAUUGGAGACUGGGUUGACCGUAACCCCAGGAACAAAGUGGCCCAUGCAUCCUUGUUCAUUCAAAACAUUUCUGUGACGGUGUGUAGCAUUGUGCUGAUGCUGGUGUUUUCAUACAAAGAGUGGAUUGAGCAAAUUUGGGACGGCUGGCUGACUGUGGUUUGUUAUACGGUGGUGAUCAUCCUGGCAGAUGUGGCUAACCUCGCAAGCACGGCCCUGACUAUUGCCAUCCAGAGGGACUGGAUUGUCGUCAUAACUGGUUACAACCGGGGCCACCUUGCUGGGAUGAAUGCCACUAUGCGGCGGAUCGAUCAGGUGACCAAUAUUCUGGCACCACUGGCAGUUGGGCAGGUCAUGACCCUGGCCUCCAAUGUGGUUGGCUGUGGCUUUAUCUUGGGGUGGAACCUUGUGUCCCUCAUUGUGGAGUUCAUAUUCCUUUCUCGAGUUUAUCGCAUUGUCCCUGCACUGUCAGUCAAACCGCAGGUGGAUGAAGAGGAAGACCAGGACUUCCUGGAGAGUCACGGAGACAGGACAAGCUCACAAGGUGACUGUCCUCUGCGGGCAGCCGCUGAGCUCACAGAGGGAAACUGCAACAUCAGCCUGAACCUGAAGGAGAUCACCAACCUACCUGUGUGCUUUCAGAGGUUCAAGUGUCUCCUGAGCACCUGCAAGGAGGGCUGGCAGGCUUAUUACCGACAGCCCGUCUUCCUGGCAGGCAUGGGCCUGGCUUUCCUCUACACCACAGUGCUGGGCUUUGACUGCAUCACCACGGGCUACGCCUACACUCAGGGCAUCAGCGGCUCCCUCCUCAGCCUGCUGAUGGGCGUGUCGGCCAUCACAGGCCUGAUGGGAACGGUCAUGUUCACCAAGCUGAGGAAAGCGUACGGCCUGGUCAACACGGGAGUCAUCUCCAGCUGCCUGCACCUGGGCUGCCUCCUGCUGUGCGUGUGCUCCGUCUUUGCGCCCGGGAGCCCCGUGGACCUCAGCCUGCUGAUGCCGCUGUCUGAGCCCAACGGCACGGCGGCCGGAUCCGGGGGGGUGGAGGGGCAGAGCCAGAAGCACACCUGGAUCCUGUGGGGCAGCAACCAGCCCCUCCUCCCAGACCGCUCCUCCAUCCACUGGACCAACAACACUGUGCUGUUUGACAACAUCCCCUCCGGCAACACUCCAGACUCCUACAUCUCCAUCAUUCUCCUGUUCCUGGGGGUUAUCACGGCGAGGGUCGGCCUCUGGUCCUUUGACUUGACAGUGACCCAGCUCCUGCAGGAGAACAUCUGUGAGUCGGAGCGGGGUGUGGUCAACGGUGUCCAGAGCUCCAUGAACUAUCUUAUGGACCUGCUGCACUUCAUCAUGGUCAUCUCAGCACCCCAACCACAGCACUUUGGCAUUCUGGUCAUCAUCUCUGUACUGUUCAUCACAACCGGGCACACCAUGUACUUCCUGUAUGCUCGUAAGGCCAAGAGGAAACACCAGCUGGAUACGUAAUGAACAAACUAUACCCACACAUAUACCCACAAAUAUAAACCAAACAUACAUAUAAACCAAUCAAACCACUUAACCCAACCUGCACAUGCACCCAACUGCCAUUACGUGCAUGGAUUCUCCCUCUCUGUGUGCCUGAGAAAUGAAUGUGUUUUAUCCUGCCCUCUAAUUUAAAAAAAAACAAGCAAACAAUGCAAUAGAACUACAACGAGCAGCCAUUCGCUUCCUCCACAUCACUGCAGGUGUCUGUCACCGUCCCUCUCAGUUCCUUUCCUCUCCAAGGGUUACUUCCCAUCAUCACAGACAAGAACUCAGAUGAAGAGGGCAAGGAAACACUGCCCCCUGCUGGGAGAAGAUUGACAUGAAUGUGUCAGACAAAGUGCAGAUACCAUCAAGGUUGACACCCCAGGAAGCACAGGUCCGCACAAUUAUAUGCAGUACACACAAAUAAUCAUAACCCCAAUAUGUCUUGGGUCAAACACAUCUGCUUUCUUGUGGAAGACGUUUUCACCUUUUUAGCUCUGGGGCAAAAGGUUACUUAAACAGCAGGAAUGGGAUAUGCAGCAGUGCCUUUGUUGCUGUUGAAAAAUAAUGGAACUUGUGAUGGAAAAAGUUAUAGAAAUGGUGACUGUAAGAUGUUAAGGACUGAAGAGCUCAACUGUAUAGACUAUUAGAAGCAAAAUCAUUUGUCUUCAAUCUUUUCAGGGCAAAUGGCAAGCAUGUUGCUGAUCCGUCCACUUGGAAAUAAUCCAGGUACAUUUGUCACAAAGGAAAAUAAAGGGAACUUGGAGAGUGGUGUCCCAGGAUGUGCUAUUAAAGGGGCUGACAGAAGCCCAACUUGAUAAACAGAGGAGAAACAGGACAAACUGGCCAUUUUCUCAGUGGAUGAAUCAGGAAGACAUGUGCCUUGUAACACAUUUAAAAAUAGAACGUGCAUUUGAACGUAAAUGACGUCAAGCUGUUAAAAUUAAACCGGUUAUACUAUAACAAACAAACAAAAAAAAAAAUUAACAUUACCUUGUGUAAAACCUAUUUUCUCAGGAUUUGAACUUAGGUGCUGUAGUACUUCACUAAAAAAGCUUUCAAAACAUGCUUUCUUUCAUAGAAAAACAGAGUGAUAUUAAUGCAAUUUAAAAAUGUUAUAGGAAUAAGUUAGAUUUUGUUUUGUUUUUUGUUUUCAAUUUUGUGGAAUAUGUUUGAAAUACAUAUGUGUUUUAAAGCUAGCAGUGCACAUGUAAGGUCUGAACAUAAAGUGUAGUGUUUGCAAAAAAAUCCUUUCAAAUCACAUUAUUAAACUUAUAUCCACUGUAUAUCGAUGUUAUUCUAAAAUACUACAUACUUUUACCUCAGUACAUGACUUAUUUGUUAGAAAACAUGGACAUGGAGCAGUAUAUUUCUGUGGUGUAGCUGGGCCAGUUACAGGUGUACAAUGUAUACAAUACACGUUUUGUUUGUACAGUGAGAAGCAUCCCACUAUUAAUGCCCUGCAGUACAUGCACGACUCACUGCUUCAUUGUUUAUUUGUUCUAAAGGUGAAUUUCCUGUGACAUGUUAAAUCAGAUUCAUAAUGGCUUUGGUGGUCUAUUUACAUAUUCAAUUGUUUUUUAAGAUGCGCCAAUAAAUAUGUGUUCAGUAAAUGAUGCUGUUUUUUUUUUUUGAAGAUGCCUGUCAUAAAGGUGUACAUAUUUUUUUUAUUUGUCUUGUAAUUACCGGGUACUCAGAAGGUUGUCAGUAGUAAAUUGUCUUAACUGUGCACACCUUAUUGAGUGCAACUUUGGACAUGAAAAUCUGAGUUUGAACAUGCUAGUCAGCAAAAUAGAUUUUAAAAAACCAAGUACUCAAAUGUGCUCUUUGAAACAAGAUUAUGUAACCAAUAAAAAUGAUGAUGCCUGAG